AUGCAAAAGCUUAAUUCUUAUUCUCAAUCACCAAACCAAGACGUUCGAAGUUUCUGCAGUGAAAUGCGGAAACUAUUUUCUGAAGCUGACUCCUAUAUGAGUUCCUCGAUGAAAUUAGAAUUUUUAUUAGCGAAAGUGAAUCCUAUUUAUCGCCUUGAUUUACUGAAACAGAAACCAAAAGAUCCAACCGAAUUUGAAGCAAUGGCACGUGAUAUUGAAAAUAUCUAUCUGGCUCAGGAUUCCAAUAUUCGUAGUAUCAUUUCUCAAUUAAAUCAAAACGAACCUUGUGAUUCUACAUUGUCUUCGUCGUGUAUUAUGAAAAACGGUAUUCUUCACAAACUUAUUGCUCUUACUCCCAAAUCCAAACUUCGAUUAUCCGUACCUUAUCUUCCUUCGUCGAUGGUACGAUCUCUCCUUACUGCAAUACAUGAUGAUCCCUUCCAAGGUGGGCAUUUUUCAGUUGAUAAAAUGCUGUCGAAAAUACGUACUCGUUAUUGGUGGUCUCACAUGCGACAAGAUGUUCAGAGCCAUGUUCAAGCAUGUGUCUCUUGUCAACAAUAUAAUUAUUCGCGUCAAAAGAAACCUGGUCAUCUUCAACCUAUUCCUCCAGUAGCUACUCCGUUUUCCAUAAUUGGUAUGGAUUUUUGUGGCCCAUUCGUUGAAUCACCUCGAGAAAAUAAAUACGUUCUCGUUGUUACUGAUCUAUUUACACAUUUUGUUACUGCUAGUCCGCUGCUACCAACACUGCUGAAAUUACUGCAUUAA